AUGGGUGAUGCAAAAGUUUCUGGAAAUAUGUCACUUUGUUUUCAUCGACUAAAAAAUAUUUCGGAAAAUAUUAAAAAUACUCAUACAAGAUCUACAUUGAAAGUCUUUUAUAUAACUGAUAAACAUUCGGACUUCGAUCGACAUAUAAUUAAAUCUAAUCCAACCUUACCAACAACAAAAACUGAUUUAUUGGAUACAGCUGAUGAAAAUGUUACAAUAAAAAAUUCACGUAUUCGUAUUCAACUGCCUAAACUUGAUACAUUAGAUAGUAGUGGUCUUGUUUCUCAAACACAUAAUAAUCAUCAACCUUCACAUUAUUUUCUUACGGAUGCAGAACUCGGUGAAAGUGUUGUCUAUUCAGAUUAUCUUACGGGAAAGACAAUGACAGAUUUUAUUGGUGUUAAUGCUCUUGAAAAAAAUAUUAUUGAAGCAAUUAUGAAUUUUAGUUAUAAUUUAACAUUAGGAGAUCUUGACGCUGCAUUUAAAGCAAUAAAAAUUAUUAAAAAAGAAAGUGUGUGGGAAAAUUUAGCUCGUAUGUGUGUGUUAAAUCGACGUGCUGAUGUAGCAAAAAUUUGUCUUGGUAAAAUGGGUCUAUUUCGUGCUGCACGAGCUUUACGUGCUGUUGAUCAAGAUAAUCCCGAUACUAAAAUAGCUAUUUUAGCUAUACAUUUAAAUAUGAGAGAAGAAGCAGAAAAGAUUUUACUUCAAUCAAAACAAUAUGAUCUUCUUAAUCAAUUAUAUCAAUCAACAAAUGAAUGGGAAAAAGCUAUUGAUAUAUCAACACAUUAUGAUCGAAUACAUUUACGUAAUACAUAUUAUAAUUAUGCUAAAUAUCUUGAACAAAAUAAUCAAUUAGAAAAAGCAAUUGAAUUCUUUGAAAAAUCAGGAACACAAGCAACUGAAGUACGACGAAUGUUUCUUGAACGAAAAGAUAUUGCAGGAUAUAAAGCAUAUACAGCAAAACAAAAUGAUCCAAAAUUAUUUCGUUGGUGGGGUCGUUAUUUUGAAAGUCGAGGUAAAAUGGAAGAUGCACUUGGAUGUUAUCGAAAAGCAGAUGAUAAUUUAUCAUUAUGCCGAUUACUUUGUGAACAAGAUCAACCUACUAAGGCUAUUGAAUUAUGCUCAGAUACAGGAAAUAAAGCUGCUUGUUAUCAUAUGGCACGAUAUUUUGAAAAGAAAGGCGAUUAUAAACAAGCAAUAUCUUAUUUUCAACAAGCAUCAGCUAUUAGCAAUGCAAUGCGUCUUUGUCGGGAUCAUCAUUUGGAUGAAUAUUUGGCUAAUAUAGCUGUACAAGGUUCACCUGAUGAUAUGCUUGAAGCAGCACGAUACUUUCAAACUUUACCAUUGCAAGAAGAUCGUGCUAUUUUACUGUAUCAUAAAGCUGGCUUAACUUCGAAAGCAAUUGAUUUAGCAUUUAAACAUGAACGAUAUUCAGCAUUAGCACAAAUUGCUGAUAGCGUUGGUAAGAAUGUUGAUCCAACACAAGUUACUCGAAUGGCUGAUUAUUUUAUGCAAUUAAAACAAUUUGAUAAAGCUGUUGAUUUACUUGCUGCUAUUGAUAGAGUUGAUGAAGCAGCAGAUUUAGCUAUUCGAAAUGAAAUUCCAUUGACUGAAGAAUUACUUGAACGAUUAAGUCCUGCUAAACCUACUAAUGAAGAAGAUAUGCCUAAAUAUCAAGCUAUUUGUGAGAAAUUAGGUGAUCUAGCUGUUAGUCAAGGAGCAUAUGCUGGUGCAGCAAAGAAGUAUCUCGAUGCUGGCAAUAAGAUUAAAUCAAUGCGUGCAUUGAUACAUUCUGGUGAUGUUGAACGUAUAACUAUGUUUGCAAAUGUAGCACGUAAUCGUGAAGUUUAUUUACUUGCUGCUGAUUAUUUGAAAUCAUUGGAUUGGAAAAAAUAUCCAGAUGCAUUACAAAAUAUAAUGAAUUUCUAUAAAAAAGCAAGAGCAUAUGAAAAACUUGCUCAAUUCUAUGAUAUGUGUGCACAAAUUGAAAUAGAAGAAUAUCGAGAUUAUAAUAAAGCAUUAGAGGCAUUAAUGGAAGCAUAUAAAACAUUAAGAGAUAAUGGAGAAAAUACAUUUUCAAAAGAUGAAACAUUACAAGAACUUGAACUCAAAUGUCGAAAUAUAAAACGAUAUAUUGAUGCUAGAGAUCGAUACUUAACUGAUCCUGAAACAGGUUCUCGUGAAUUGGCUAGUUUAUUAACAGAUCAAAAAAUAUUUAUCGGUGUUCAUCCAGGUGAUCUAUAUGGGACGUUAAUUGAUCAUUUCGGACGACAAGAAAAAUAUAAACAAGCUGGAAUGUUACUCGAUGAAUUACAAGAACAUAUUCCUGAACGUUAUUUUUCUCAUUAUAUUAAUCCAAAUUUACUUUCGGCUAUUUAUGCUGCAACUGGACGUAAAAUGGCUCCACCAGAUCAACCAUCAGAGAGUAUGACAUAUAAUCAUGAUGAAAAUGAAGAAAAACUAGUAAAUGAUGAUUAUCCAAAAGAUCGACGACAACAAGGACACUUAGGAAAAAGUCAUAUUUAUGCUGAAGAAAUUGAUGACAAUAUUGAUUAUGGAUCUGUUGAUGACUGA